GGUUGGGGGUAUCUUGGCAAAACCGUAAUUUUAUUAGUAAUACUAAUACAAUUCAUUUUGACUGAAAACCUUGAAUUUCUCUGUAAAAACAGGAAUUCCCAACUGGCAGAGAAACUAAAAUCGGCACGACACCGUUUCUGCAAUAUUGUGCACACGCUCACCACCGUUUAUCGGUACGGUUUUGGAAAUCCAGAGAGAACACCAGAACCAGAACGAGAACGAGAGAGAUGGAAAGAGCCGAUCCUUCGUUUUUCCAAAUCCCACUCCAAAUUCCCACACAAACCGAGAACAAAGGUUUGAUGUGAGCAACAUGAGCUGUUUAUAAUUAACCUGGAGGAGAAAUCUUUGAGGCUAAGUUUCAUGGCAUAGUGGUUCUUUCACAGGAGAAUGUCCAACUCUGCAAUUGUAGCAAUUAAUGCUCUUAUCUAAUCAGACCUUUUUUUCUGUCAUGAUGUGGAAAUUUGCCUCAAAUGCCAUUGCAAGUAUUGGACUGAAGAAAAAAUCAGGGAAAAAAUUGGUAGAGUCAAGUCGAGCUUCUCAAGACUGCUCAGAUGAUGAGGUGUGUUCGAAUGCUAGCCGAGACGAAGGACUGGAAUGCCCAAUAUGCUGGGAAUCUUUCAACAUCGUUGAGAAUGUGCCCUAUGUCUUAUGGUGUGGUCACACUCUCUGCAAGAAUUGUGUCCUAGGGCUUCAAUUGGCUGUCUUGAAAUUCCCUACUCAACAAAUUAAGAUUCCAUACUUCGUUUCCUGUCCAUGGUGCCACUUGAUGUCAUUACGGCUAGUUUGCAAUGGAAAUUUAAAGUUCCCUCGCAAGAACUUCUUUCUUCUAUGGAUGGUUGAGAGCUUGAAUGGUGAUCGGUCAAAGUCUGCUUUUUCCAGUGCGGAAAAUCAAUCAAUAUGGUCUCCAAGAUGCAAUUCUGCUAUUGGAAAUCAAGCUACCAAUGGUAACCCUAGAAGGGCCCCUCCUCAUUGCCCUGGACAUCUGGGGUCUGGCAAUGAUAAUGGUAGUAGUAAUGUGGAGAGACGCCAAUUUUCACUUCAUAAAUCUCUGGAUUUUUUCAUUCACUUUACAUCCAAGUUCCCUUUGGUCAUCAUAUUUCUUCUGAUUGCCUUUUCUGUAGUACUUGGCUGUGCAGUCAUUUUGGCCAUCUACUUGAUACUCACAGUCGUGUUUGCUAUCCCAUCUUUCUUGGUAUUGUAUUUUGCAUACCCUACUUUGGAGAGGCUGGUAAGAGAAAUAAACACAUGAGAUGUGGUUGGUUACUUGCCUCAGUAAACCCCGAAAAACUUGUACUUGCAACUUUUCUUUUCUAAAAUCACCCCACUGCUUUGCAUCUGAAACUGGUCAGUCUACUACUCCACUUUCCGACAAUUUGACAGUUCAAUGUUGUGAGGCUAUUCAGAUUGUCCUAUGGUUUUGUGAUGCUGUGGAAAGCUUCUAAGAGGCAUGGUUUUGUAUUGAAUUUGUAAGUUUUGAGUUUCAGUUGUCAGUGAUUAAAUACCACUGUUCAAUAGAAGUGGAGAACCAAUUGUUAUGAACUUGAAUGUGCAUAAAAAUAUAUUUCCCAAGUGUGCUUCUGGUGGUGAA